CUCUCUCGUGUCAUCUGCGUCGACCUCUCUCCGCAAAGCUAGCUAGCUCUUGAGUUCGUGUGAAUUUGCCAAGCAUAAAGCACGAGCUAGCUCUAGGCUGUCUUGCUGCCUACUUGGUAUACUUCAUAUAUACAUACAUACACACCAGAGAGGGAGAGAGAGAGAAAGAGAGAAAGGGGUAGUCAUGUGCGACUACUUCUUGAAGAGGGUGGAUGGCGACCAGCAGGCCGGAGACCUCACCGACAUCGUCCGAGCUGGCGGGGCCAUGCCGGCUGGCUCUGCCGAUCCCCCGUCGUCGACGGCCACCGAGUGGCUGCAGCUGCCGACUGACCCGAUCCUCUUCCCGCUGCCCCAGACGUCGUCCUCGGACGGUGCUGGGCCGAGCAGCGCAGACGCUCUCGGUGACCCGUUCUCCGGCCUCCCGGAUGCCUUCAGCACCGACUACCCCUCCUCCUCCGGCAGCGCCGCCGCCGACUUCUUCGACGCCGUCCAGGACGCGAUGGGUAUCGGCAUGGCCAAGCAGGUCGGCUUCGUCGACACGACCGGCUGCGGCGGCGGUGGAACAACUGUUCGUGCUGGUGGCAGGUUCCUGGACAUGAGGAAUCACCAUAUGUUUCCAAGGGAGAUGCCGAUGCGCGGGCUGUCGCCGUACGCGCUGAUGGGCGGUGACGCGGCGAAGCUCGGCGGGCCGAUGGCCGGGCACGGGGUGGCGGCUGGCCCGUGCGCGUUCGACGCCGUCGCAGGGCUGCAGAUGUCGUCCUCACCGCGUGGCGGGGGCAUCAAGCGCAGGAAGAACCAGGCAAGGAAGGUGGUGUGCAUCCCAGCACCUGCAGCAGCAGUGGCCGGGAAGACCACUGGGGAGGUUGUUCCUUCUGAUCUCUGGGCUUGGAGGAAGUAUGGCCAGAAGCCUAUCAAAGGCUCCCCCUACCCAAGAGGGUACUACAGAUGCAGUAGCUCCAAGGGGUGCCCUGCACGGAAGCAAGUGGAGCGCAGCCGGACGGACCCCAACAUGCUGGUCAUCACCUACACCUCGGAGCACAACCACCCGUGGCCGACGCAGCGCAACGUGCUCGCCGGCUCCACGCGGUCCCACUACGCCAAGAAUAGCAGCAGCAACACAGCUGCAGCUGCGUCCAAGAACAGCAAGAACUGCUCGCGCAAUCAGCACAAGCCAGUCGUCAAGGCAGAAUCAAAGGAUCAAUCCGCCGCUACCCCGGCCGCCACGAGCACGACCACCACGGCGACCACAAGCACCGGCAACAACACACCUCCCAUGACUGUGAAAGAGGAGGCAGAAAUGGAGAGAAGGAUAGGCGGUGAUACUACAGCAACGGUGGGUUAUUACAGUGAUCAUCUCCUGCAGCAGAUGUUCAGCCAGAGCUACAGGCCGAUGAUGCCCGAGGAGGCCGGCGGCUACCACCACCAGGACGACUUCUUCGCUGACCUCACUGAGCUGGACUCCGACCCUGUCAGCCUCAUCUUCUCCACGGAGUACAUGGAGGCCAGACCUGGCAAGGAGAAGGCAGCAGCCAAGGACGACGUGGAUUCAUUAUUCAUGAUGGACUGGGCGCCCGCUAGUGCUGCUGUUACUACUUCUGCAGGGAGCGCACUUGAGCAAGGGGACAUGGGUUUAUGAGUUUUGACGUCAAUUAGUUACCUUAAAACAUACCAGGCUUGCAUCGAUGUGCAAAUGCAAACACCACACUUGAGGACAUCUCUAGCUAGAUAUAGGCUUGAAAUAACCUUAAUGAUAACAGGAGCAAGAAAAGGAAAGUAUGGUUUUCCCCCUCUCUCUUUACUUUUUAUAUUAGUUAUUACACACUGCGUGCUCCUCCCUGAUGUGUUAUUGAGUAUGGUUUUGAUGAAGAUGAUCUAGUAUAUAGUACAUUUUUUUCUUGGUACAUUUACAUAGUAGGAGGUAAGACAAACAGUCUUUCAAAUGGAAACUAAUAGAGAACCGGCCUAGACGGUUUUCGGUGGCUUCUCGUUCUUCAGAAUAUGAAGAACAUGGACUUGUUUCUUGUUAAUUAUUCAUGUUUAGAAGAACCCGGAGUCCACACUAUGAUUUUGAGAGAUUUUCUGAGUUUAUCUUCGUGCUUCCAGACAGAGUAUGUCGAAUGUGGGUGCAUGGAUGAAAGUGUUACCGAGAGCUUAGUUAAUGGAGUUAUAGUUGCUCAUCUAUAUUGUACAUAUGAAGAACAACA